AUGAGAGAGAUUUGUGGCAGGAGAGGUUUGCAGGAGCUUAGCCUGGAUGCCAAGAACAAAAUCCCAGCCCCUCCAACCAGCUCUGGGACAAAAGUCUUGCUCCCAGCAGCUCCACAGAGACUCCGGCACAGGAACCUGCUCUGCCAGGCGGAUCUGCAGCCUGUGACCCAGCAGCGGCCACAUCCUGCGCCCUGCCCCGAGGUGUCCUUCUGCUGGGAGCACCGCCCACAGCAGCAAGAGGAGGUGGCUCCAGAGAAAACCACCUGCCUCAUCUGCCUGGACCCUGUUGAAGGCAGAACGACCUAUGGGACCAUGGUGUGCCCAGCAUGCAAACACGCCUGGUUCCACAGGGCCUGCAUCCAGGGACAGGCGCUUCGCUCUGGCAUUUUCUGCAUACAGUGCCCCCUGUGUAGAAAUCGGAAUUGGUUUCUUGUGGAAAUGUUCAACAUGGGGAUCCGAAUCCCCUUUCGACCUCCAUCGUGGGACGACAACAACGCGUAUGCAGAAUUGAACGAGAGGCACAGGCGCUGCGAUGCUAGGGAGUGCCUUUGUCCAGGAGGCAGAAGCGUGGCAGAGGAAGAGGGGCCCUGGCAGCUGUUCCUGUGCUGCUCCUGCGCUGCUGAGGGCACACACAGACACUGCUCCAGCUUGGGGUACAGCCAUUGGGUCAGAUGGGAGUGUGACAGCUGUGCUGGCCCGAGCACCUCCUCUGGUGCCACCUCAGAGCUUGCUGGUCCCAGCACCACCAGCCCAGCUGCAUCAGGGUGGUCUCCUGCAUCUGUGGAGCUGGAUUCCAGCAGCCCCAGCACCAGCAGACAGGCAGCAUCGGGGCAGACGCUGGGGCCUCCAGCAGAGGAAUUCAACAGCCCCAGAACCUCCAGCCCAGCAGCAUCGGGGCCAAGUCUGGGGCCUCCAGGAGAGGAGUUCAACAGCCCCAGCACCAGCAGCCAGGCAACCUCGGGGCAAACUCUGGGGCCUCUAGCAGAGGAAUUCAACAGCCCUAGAACUGCCAGCCCAGCAGCAUCAGGGCAGAGUGUUGGGCCUUCAGCAGAGGAGACCAGCAGCCCCAGCAAUAGUGGACAGAUGUUAUCAGGGCCAUGCCACAGCUCCCCCGUGCACGAGGGCAGCAGCCACUCCAGCUGCCCUGGGCCCGAUCGACGGCGAAACGCAACCCGGAUCAGCUGUCAGACACAGACUCCGUACACACGGCCCAGAAGACAGAGGGAGAGAAGCCGACCACCAGCACCAUGUGCUGAGAGCAGCACCCGCAGCCAGGCAGUGCCGGGGCUUUCCCGAUGCUCCCCCGCACGGGAGAUCCGCACCCGCUGCACCAGCAGGCAGCAGCCAUCAACGUCAUCCCGUGGCUCCAGAGCACUAGAAAGAAGCAGGAGCUCCAGGUCCACUGUGCCCGUGCGGGUGCGAGACCGCUCCCGCUUGCAACGACGGGACCAAACUCCCUACAUACGGCCCAGAAGACUCUGCGAGAGCAGCCGCGUGCCGGCAGCACAAGCUGAGAGGAGCCCCCGCAGCCAGGCCGUGCCCAGACUGUCCCAGCGUCCACCAGGACGUGAGAGCCGCAGGCGCAGCACCAGCAGACAGCGGCCAUCAACAUCAUCCUUUGGCUCCGCAGCUCUGGAAGGAAGCAGCAACUCCAGAUCCACCGGGCCUGCGCAAGUGCGAGACCGCUCCCCCUUGCAACGUCGGGACCAAACCCCCAGCACACGGCGCAAAAGACGCCGUGAGAGAAGCCGCACCCCAGGACCACGUGCGAAGAGGUGCACGAGCAGACAGGCCGUGUUGGGGCGAUCCCAGCGCUCCCCAGCACGUGCUACCAGCAGCUCUAGCAGUGAGAGUCAAGAGUCAUCGGACUCCUCCUGUAGCUCCCAGGAAUCGGAGAGCAGCAGCUCCAGCACUGACAGCCAGGAGGCAUUAUAA